AUGAACAAAAUUCGAACAAUCUCAAGAAAUAUCGCAACAAUGAUAUCAAAGUCAUCAUUGAACCAAGUUAAAAGAACCUAGAUUUUUAAGAACCUCACAAAAAACUAAGACUUUAUAGCAUCUGGUGAAGUUAAACUUUUUCAGUAAUAAUGUGUUUAAGAGAAAAUAACAAGUCCAAUUGCAGAUUUAUAAAAUAUACAAUAUAAACUAUUUAAGCAAUCCAUCAGACAUGGUUUAUCAGAGUUAGUUAGAAUCGAUAGAAGUUAACCAAGGACUCACAAGAAUAUCAAUUAUGCUGGUGAUUACGAAUCCAAAUUCGUGCAUUCUCAUUUCAUACAUGCAUUAUACUUGAAUAGAAUUGGAGCUAAUGAUUACUACUUUACAGUAGAUGAUUUGAAAACAACUCAAAGUGAAUACCACAGAACUUGA